GAUUCGGCAUAAUAAUGCUAGCCUUUGGCCGGGUUCUGUAUAUGUUCGUGUACUGCGACAUAAUGUCCAUCGCCCAUUUCCUCAUCUACGGCUUGGAGCUGCUGACAAUCAUAAUCCUCGGCUUCCAGUGCGUGCUGGACAGGUGCAAGCGGUUGCAGUACAAGGUGCGCGUCGAGGGCCGGGUCACCCGGGUCCGCGCCGACCUAAUGCUAGACCACACACUCACCAGAGGUGGCUCGUUCACGCGCAGCUGCCAAACGUCGCGCAACGCCCUUCCCCUAGCCGAAUGUGACCGUCCGGUGGCAGCGGUACGCCGAUCCGGCCGUCUGCCCAUCACCACCGCCACCACGAUCAGAAUGCCUAGGCUAGCCGACGGUGGCACCGAGCCGGACAUGACAAAACCGUACGCAACGUCACCGGCCGUCCCACCAGCAGUAGCAGGGCCAUCGAAACCGCGCCCACCAUCAUCGAUCAGGGAAACAACCGAGCUGGGGGCGAAACCGAAACGGCCAAUUCCGCGAACGUCGUUUCUCGAAACAGACUCCUCCACAGAAGAGGGUGGUACGGUGGUGCAGACAACGGCUAGCGUGCAUCCGGUACCUCUUCCUGCUCCCAGGGAAGUGCCCUUCCUUCCCUCAACUGACGGGGAGUUUGUAUCGUACAAGACAAGCGACGGAUACGUUAUCAUGAAGUCUAUAAAAAAAUGAUCAUCUGAAAAUGCUUCACCGACGUUGGGCCGAGUGCCAAAUGGCACGCCGCAUGGAGACGCCAGCUAACAGCCAAAAUGUGUGCGUUUUUAGCGUGGGAUUAUAUUAUAAAUAUAUUAUAUUAUAUUAUAUUCUAUAUUCUAUUAUAUUUAUACCAAUACAUACGAAGUUCGAAUAUACGAACUAUUAAUUAUUGUAAUGCUACUAACUUUUACUUUGGGUUUACUUUGGUGAAUUUAUAAUCUUUUAUUACCCCUUCGCGUUUAUGCGAAAUAAUAUGCUUUGGAUGUUGGAUUUAGUAUAGCAACACAAGAACGAUAAAUCUACAAUAGUUCACGAUUGGGAGAAUGAUACAUUUAGGAUCUUUGGAACACACUAAACGAAUAAAAAGGCAUUAAAUAUUCAACAAUAGGGAUAAUCCCGAAGGCAAGAUACUAUUGGUCGUAUGCGCAUCCUUCAUGUAAAAGCCACCUUGCCCUUCUGGCGACGGUUGGUUUCAGACACAGUUUUAAAUGUAUCCUGUCCCCGACAUCUCUGCGUAGAUGUCAGUAGAUCAGAAGUCGACAGCAUAUAUUGCUUUGCAGGAUUUAUUUUUUAUUCAUUUAAUUUUACGUAUUUGCCAUAUAGUAUAAGAACAUUUUGUUUAGACCUAAUGGUCAACAAAAAUUUUAAUACAGGGUUUUCAUAGCCAAUUCGCGAUUGUAAACUUAUGACAGGUUUUUGUUAUGUUUCAAUUUCACGUCUUUGCAGAGGUUAGGGUUCAACGCAAAGGAACCUGUGCCCAAUUAGAGGUGUUUUGACGCCUAAGUAAACAUCAACAUAAAACAUACAUAAACAUAUGUACAUAUUUUACAUAUUUUACAACAACGUAUUGGCUAUGAAAGCCCUUUAAAUCAUAAGAACAAAAAUAUUGAUAUAUUACUCGGAAUUCAGAAUUGUUUUUCCCUUCAGAGUUUAAGGCAUCAACACUUUUUUAGUAGAUACAUAGCGUAGAGCUUUAUGCUAAUCUUCACAACAUUUCGGUACUGUCAGGUAGGCAGCCCAUGCGUCCUGUAUGGAGAUAUUUUUGUAGGGUCUGUUGAUAUCACGAUCUUCAACAUACCGCAGAAAUCGAUUGAAGAGAGUACAAUCUAAGGCAUCAGAUAUCCAGAGAUUGCCACCGGUGGGAUCGUUUCAAAUUGGUGAGCUGCUUGCUCUGGAAGGCCAGCUCCACCAAGCCUCCCAAAACACGCGAGGUGCGUGUUUAAAAGUAUAGGAGUAGAUUGACUGGCUGAGAGAAGCCUAUCCCAUUUCACAACAUUGGGCGACACACUUCGAUCCGAGUGUCGACAACAGCGCCGAUAAGAUAGAUCCUUCCAGAAUGUACGUAGCGAUAGUGACGGCACACACGUGCAUUACUGCCCAAUUCUGUCCGACUCUAAAUUAUGAUUAGAUCGAAACCGAAAACCAACAAUGGCAGCCAAACAGAACUGUAGAUAGCCAUCGAGAGAGAGAGUGUGUGUGUGUGUGCGUGUGAGAUAUAGAGCGCUUGCGAGAGCGAUGAUGCCACCGUGCCGAGCUGUUCGGGUCUUUACGGCCGACCAAAACAAAACAAGAUAACGUGCGAACGGUUGGGAUGCGCUGUACGAAAAUGUGGAGCAAUAUGGGCAUGGCAAGCAUGUUAGGCAGUACUUCUUAUUACUAUU